UUAGGGGGCUGCAAUCAAGCUAGGUGAGAGAAGCAAAUUUAGUUGGGAAAUAAGAGGAAAUGGAAGAUAUCUAGCUUGAAGGUGAAGACGACAGUGGCAGUGAGCCUGUGAAGGUGGGAUUAGAGCAGAUUUCGGGCACGAGGUAGGGAGCAAUGUUGCAUCGACAACCGCGGCUGGGGAAGGGUGCAAGUUUAUGUAGGGGAUAAGAGGAAAGGGGGAAAUUCCGGCAAGGGGGUGAAGGUGGCGGUGGGGGUGGGGAUAGAGGUGUAGCAGAUUACAUCAAGGGGCUGAAGGUGACGGUGGGGCAGAUUCUGGUGGGGAUCGUGAAAGGGGAGGAGAAGGGAAUGCUUUUUUUUUUUUUUUUUUUUUCAAUAUUAAUUUUCUGAUUAUUGUUUUAUUGUUUUUAAAAUUAUUUAAAAGUAGACCACUCAAAAGGUGACGUGUGACAAGUUACCUUUUGAAACAGGUUAUCAAUUACACAAACCGGUAAAAGGCUUGUUUUGAGCAAAUGGGGGUAUAAGGUGGGAUUGUUUCUAGAUUAUUCACAGAUGGGAUUGUUUUGAGCAUAAAUGGCAACAGUAGGAUUAUUUCUUUCCACAUUUCCAAUUUUUUUUGGGUUUUGAUUGAAUAUUGCGUGAAUUGAAGGAUUUAUGGAGGUGGCUUGGUGGAAUUGAGAGGUGGUUAAGGUUUUUCGGUGAGGUGGCGGGAUGGUGGAGGUGAGAGGUCAGUGUGGUGGGUCGGUUAGGUGAGAGAGAGUAAGGGUCGAUUUACAUGUGGGGUUGGAGGUCCGGGAUAAGGUGGGUUAGUGGGUUUCGAAUUUAGGAGGUUUCAAGGUGGUCUGUUUCAGGGGAUUUCGUGGGGUCCAGGUGGGGUAGGUUGAGAGUUUGGGGUAAUAUCUUGUGGUGGUUAUGGAGGUUCAGUGGUGGCGAUUAUGGUGGGUUCCAUUAAAGGAGUGGAAGGAUUUGAGAUGAAAGAAGACUGACAUUAAAAAAAUGAAAAAUUAACCUGUUAAACAGGUUAUAGGUAAAAAGGUUUGUUUUGAGUAGAUGAGGGAAUAAGGUGGGAUUGUUUCUAGAUUAUUUAUAGGUGGGAUUGUUUUGAACAGAAGUGACAAAGGUGGGAUUAUUAGUUUCCAUUUUUCCUAAGAAUAUUGAAUGAGUUGUAAAUAAUUAGUUGUCAAGGUGUAUAUGUAUGCGUGUAAUUUAAGGCGGGGAAGACGGUAGGGUAGGGGGGGUGGAGAAGGAGGCAUUGGAAGUUAAUGCUAUGAAGAAUUUUAAUUGUGUCACAAGUCCUAGGAAAAGAUGGUGGGUUAGUACGCUUUUCUAUUCUUAUUCCUCAUUUAGGCGAUCCAAUUAUUCUUAAUUUAAAUAUAACAUUUUCAUGCAUAAAAUCAAAGGGAUUUUGAGGAAUCAUGGCAGGAGAGUGUGGCGGGAUUGGUGUCCUUUAGUUGGCCUUUCUUUAAUCAUCACCUAUGAAAAAAAAAGAAAAAAUCAUUGUUCUCAAACUUUCCUCAUUCUACUUGAAAUUUGGAAGGACUUGUUCUAUAGUAGGUAUUUUAUUGAUUUGCAUUUAUUUAAAGACCAAUCAAGGCCUUUUCUCAUAUCUUGUGCUUUUAAUAAUGAAGAUUUAAAGAAUAAUUUGUUAUUGUAUUGUCCUACUGCAACAAUUCUGUUGCAUAAACUACUUAGUUGUGUAAGAAAUUAGUGGUUUGUCCCACUAUUGGUUAUUGGUAAUGUACAUGUGAAAUUUGUGGGGAAAAAAGGUUUGCUUUUUGUGUGAUUAGGGGUACUCUGGUUCAAAGGCUUCUUUGGUUUCUUCAUGGGAUCGAGCGGUAUUUUUAGCUUCUAUUUAGGCGCACGCCUUUUUCUCUAUUGAAAUUCGAGAUUGGAUUUUUUUUUUCUUUAUCAGUCGUGGAGUAUUAGACUUCUUGAUUUGUUGUCCCCCUUUUGUAAUUUCUCAUUCUCUUUGUUGUGGACUUCUUUUUCAAUUUUGCACUCACAAUUUAAAACAUGCACUCGUUAAAAUUCUAAUUCUAAUAUUCAACAAAUUGCUCCUUUCAAGAAUUAUGAUGAAAUAGUUCAAUCCAUUUGUAUUUCUAUUGGCAUACACCUCAUGGUCAAAUAUGCUAGUAUAGAAUGCAAUGAAUUAUCCACACAAACCAUGCCUAUAUUUGACUUACCAAACACCUUUUAAGCUGUUAGUUAGUUAAAUUUACCUUGUUAACAGACAAGCUAUUUGCUAGCUUCUAGCCUGCUAUAGGCUAAAGCUAUUCAGUUUCCUUUUUCUCUAUCUAACUACAGAUUAGUGCUGACUUUGGGCCAAUAAUCUCAACAUGUCUCUUUCUUUAACACCUGCAAAGAGACAACAUAGUCGAAAACAUGAGAACUCAAAUGGGAAAAAGUUCCAAAAGUCGGCAAGUCUUAAUUCACCAAAACAGCCCAGGAAGACCUUAUCUGGAGGUGCCAUUCUCCGUGUUCUUUGCCCAUCUUCUAGAAUUGAAAGUGUAAUUGAAAAGAAGAGCAAUAUCUUAUCACAAAUACGCCAAGAAACUGGUGCUAAGGUCAGAAUUGAUGACCCUGUUCCUGGAUGUGAUGAGAGGGUAAUCUUUAUAAUGGGUCUUGAUAAGGAAGAUGAGAGUAGCAACCAACAUAAAAAGAUCGACAAUGAGGACUCUAAGUCAUCCAAAGAGCAAGGCACUUCUGACGAUCACAAUGUAAAUGAUGUUGACAAGGAAACUCCUACAAAUGUUGAUGACCUGUUGUCCAAGAAGGGAACUUCAUCUGUGCAGAAUGCUUUGUUACUUGUGUUUGAAAUUUUUUUUGAAGGGGAGGGGGAGACAGAAGACACUAAUGAAGAAAGCAAUGGAUCUGGUACAGUCACUCUGAGGUUACUUGUGCUUUCCAGUCAGGUGGGAUGCCUUUUAGGAAUGGGUGGCUCUAUCAUUAAGCAAAUGUCUGCUGAAAGUGGUGCUCAGAUUCGAGUUCUUCCCAGGGACAAACUCCCUCAAUGUGCCUCUUCUGCCGAUGAAGUAGUUCAGAUCACAGGACUGGCUGAUGCUGUCAAGAAAGCACUCAGAACUGCUUCGGAUCAGAUUCUGGAAAAUGCAUCUCAUGAUAAUGGUUCUUCUCCUUCUGAUUCCUUUAAACCCACGUCUCAACCACACAGUAAUCAUGUUCCAAGGCCUGAAUCCCAUUCCCAUCGGUCGCUUCCUUCUCAUGGGGCAUUGGGUGGUGGAUUUCGUGAUGGUGCUGAUUUUCAUUCAGGUGGCCCCCAAUUGUUUCCCAAAUUCCAUGAAAACUUUAUGCCUGGUAGAAUGGAUGCUCCUGAGAUUGUAACCUUUCGAUUACUUUGCCCUGGUGAGAGGGUAGGUGGUGUGAUUGGAAAGGGUGGAGCUGUAAUUAAGACUCUCCAGCAUGAAAUAGGGUGUGAGAUUAAAGUUCUUGAAGGUGCUUCAGAUGCAGAGGAACGCAUGAUACUUGUAUCUGGCCCAGCGCAUCCAGACGAUAGGAUAUCUGCUGUUCAGGAUGCAGUUCUUCGUGUGCUAAAUCGUGUUGCCAAAGCUAUACCUGAUAGCAAGGAGAAGAGUGUAAUGGCAAAGCUUCUUGUUCCAUCCAAUCAAAUUGGCUGCCUUCUUGGUAAAGGUGGCUCAAUCAUUGGUGAGAUGCGUAAGGUUACAGGGGCUUAUAUUCGUAUUUUGGGGAAAGAUCAGAUCCCUAAGAGUGCAUCUGAGAAUGAAGAAGUUGUACAGAUUAAUGGAGAAUUGGAAGUAGUUCAAGAAGCACUUUUGCAGAUAACCACAAGACUUCAACAUCAUUUCUUCCGUGAUGCAUUUCCUUCAAUCAACCAUCCUUCAAAUCUUGCAUUUUCAGAUCGAGCACCCCCUUUUCCUUCAUUUAUGGGACGACGAGAAGUCUCUCCUCCAGGAAUGUUUCCGAAACACGGCCCUUCAUUUAGAAACGCUGAUUAUAUUGGUUUGCCUCCUAUGCAUGGUGGAUUUCAUCCUCAUGAUGAACAUCCACCAUUUAUGCAUGAUAUUCAUCGACAUGGAGGUCCUAAUAUCUCUGAAAGAUCGUGGCAUCCACAGAAUUUAAUUGAUGGUCCUAUGGGCUUGUUGGAGCAUGGUGGUCCCCCUCAAAGACGGAUGUCUGGAUUUGGAGGGGGAAGCCCACAGCCUGUAAUCACAAAUACGACUGUGGAUGUAGUUGUUCCCAGUUCUCUUGUACCUAUAAUAUAUGGAGAGGAUGGUGGAUGCUUGAGACAAAUUCGACAGAUUUCUGAUGCAAAGAUUACAAUCACAGAUCCCAAACCAGGUGCUCCUGAAACUGUCAUCAUCAUUUCUGGAACUCCUGAACAAACUCAUGCUGCACAAAGUCUUAUCCAAGCGUUUGUAAUGCUUGAGAAUGAAUCUUCUUGACGAGUUGAAAGAGCUUUUAGUCCCCCCUCAUGACCACAUUUAGGGAGUAGUCAUUUUUUGUUGUUGCAAAAUGUAACUUUGAACCUUGUAUGUUUUUUCCAACAUAUUCAUGAAAUGAAUAUACAAAGUAGAAUUUAGUUAAUGAACU